UUCCAUCUUAAAGUAAGAAAAAAAAUCCCAUAUUAAACUACACGGGGCGUUUCUAAGUCAACAUGCAUGACAUUAUUCGUACUCAAAAUGAUGGUGUGUAUCUUCAAUAAUUAACUCUAGACUAUCAACGCUCAAUUUUUGGACUGAGUUUCCAUUAAGGGUUGAUCUUAAUAUACAUCAUAAUACACAAAUAUAUGUUUAUAAAAUCAUUAUCUAAAUUUGAAAUUUAUGAAGUCUUUGAUUUAUACUUGAACUGAACGCUUUAUUAAUGUUUCUGGGUUGUUAUACCGAGUAUUUUAUGAUUCAAACGGUCUCAUAUAGGUUAAGUGUCCGAUAUUUUUAGCCAUUUUUUAUUGUUGAUCUUGUAGAAGGUAUUGUUGUAUUAUGAUAUAGCUAUUAAUUAUUAAUUUAAACAAAAUAAUGACUUGGACUAAAGUUAAGCCCAACCAUGUAAAAGUAAAAUAACUUGUAUUUGAAAAAAAAAAGAAAUACUAAAAAGUUUGCUUCAAAACUCUUUGAUGGAUAAAAAAAAUAUGAUGACUUGUGUUUUAGUGGUUAGUGGGACUAAAAAAGAAAAGAAAAAAAGAGCUAAACAUGAGUAGGUUAAUUAGACAAAUCUGGGAAAGAAAAGAAAAAAAAUUUGAAAGUGGAACAUGCGAAUAGAGGAGAGGGGAAUGGACAUAUUAGCCCCUCCGAAAUGUAAGGAUAGCCAGCAGUGGCUGAUGUGACAAACUGAGUUUUUUCUUACAUUGUCUUAUAGAUAUAUUUAGAUUAACAACAACUAAAAGGUCAGGUACUCAAGUUUUGAAUAUGUCUGUAGGAGUGAUACAGGUCAAGUACUAAAACUGUUGAAUAUGCCUGUAGAAUGUGUAGGAGUAGGGAGUAUGCAGUGCUCACUCAUUAUAAAAUAACCCCCUUGGGAUAUAUCGAAUGAGCAAAAUCAAUUAGAUCAUAUUUGCCUUAAUGUUGCCACUUUGCCUUUGUUAUUAUCUUUGAGGACCUUUCUAAGUAUUUUACUUGUAACUUAGUUACACUAAGUUGAUAUGUAGAUGGGAUAUAUUAGGAGUUGAUGUAGUCGGCGCUACAUAUAUGCGCAGACACCAAAACCUGCUGCAAGAAAUAAAUUAACCUGAGAGCUUCGGCUCUCCGUGGAGUAGUCUCGUUCUUAUUGAACGGGGAAACCAUGUAAAUCGUGGUGCGUGCUUCUGCGUUUGAGUAGAUUUUAUAUAGUAUCAGAGCCUGAUUUGACUAAGUGCUCGUGUGUUUAAAUCUCCACGACACCCAAUAUUAACAGUUUAUUAAAGCACAAGAUAUGGCGGGCCUAUACAAAUUUCAAGCCCGUGAGUUGGCUUUCGUUUGAGGGGACUUGUUAGAUGGUGAUAUAAUAUCCAACAUAUAGCCUUCUCCCAACAACUCGAGUUAUUGCGACCAACUGGUUUAUGACAUGGUAUCAGAAUCUGGUUGUAAUCCGAGCCUGCAGUUACAACUAUGACAACCGGAGAAGAUGGAGGCUCAGGUGGCAAGACCGUUAUCACAAACGAGGAUGUUAUCUCGCUGACCUCGCCCCUCUAUCUUCACCCAUCUGAGAAUCUAGGCCAAUUAUUUGGGAGUGAUCUCUUGACUGAUUCCAAUUACUGCGAAUGGGUGAAUGAUAUGACUGAAACCCCAAUCGCAAAGAACAAGCUUGUUUUUGUCGAUGGUAGCUUUCCUCGAUCCAAGGCAGGUCCGGGAGUCUGGGACGAUGCUUGGGGACGGUGUGAUGCCACCAUGAAGGGAUGGCUAAAGAUAGCUAUGAGUAAGGAAGUGAGAAACAACCUCUGUGUAGCUAAGACGACGCGUGAUAUAUGGGCGGAUCUUCAACAAAGAUUCUGAAAGGGCUCAGCCGGGAGAGCCUACAAACUAUGUAUAAAUAUUGGUUCAUUGAGGCAAGAGAAGUUAUCUGUGUUUGCUUUCUACACAAUGUUAAUAACUUUCUGGAUGAACUUCACUCGCUUAUGAUUUAUCCAUGUUGCACUUGUGAAAAUUGUUCGUGCGAUCCUGGGCGACAAACAGAGAGAAGGAGGAGACGGAGCGCCUAUUUGACUUUCAGCUGGGGUUGGACGACGCAUUCUCGGUUGUUCGCUCUCAAAUUCUAAGUAUCAAGCCAACUCCAUCGUUAGCUAAAUCAUAUCAGCUUAUUGAAGCCGAGGAGCAACAACGUCACAUCGUGAGCGGACGAAGUCCGCUGGUCAAGGCUGCAACGUUCCAAACAUGACGCGACAAGGAAGUCGAGGAAGAGCCUAUUCGCUGCAGUCAUUGCAACAAGAAGGGUCACACGAAGGAGAGAUGCUUCAAGUUGAUUGGCUACCCUAAUGAUCAGGGAAAAAGGCCAUUAAGGAGAGCGAGGGACUAAGGUCGACGGGGUAAGAAUGAAGGGAAACCGCAGCACGUGCAGCGAACGCCGAGACUAAAGAGAUUCCCAUUCCAGGAUUAUCGACGGUGCAGUUUGCACAACUAAAGCAACUGCUUGCAUCUCCUCCGCCUAUGGUACUUGAACCCACUGUACACAUGGCUGAUAAAUCUUCUAAACCUUUUGAAUGGGUCAUUAAUUGAGGUUGUAAUGAGCACAUUGUACAUGAUUCAAGUUGGUUGAACGAGGUAGAUACUAUAGAACCCCAUUUGCCUGUGCGCAUUCCUGAUGGCUUGAGUGUGCUAGUGAAAGGAGUGGGAUCAACGGAGCUGACUCCAAAACUAAAGUUAAACCGAGUCCUCCUUGUGCCUAGCUUCAAGUGUAAUUUAUUAUCAGUUAGUCGGCUGACGAAGGACAAUAAUGUGACCCUAAAUUU